AUGAAGUCGGCCGCUCGCAUGACCCCGUUGAUGUCCCAGGCGCUUCGCGCACCUGCCCGCCCCCUUGCUCGCGCUGCGCUUGCUGGCCCCAGCCGCCUUGCUGCCGUCGCCCCCGCGCGCGCUGCCUCGUCUGCCGCCGCUGCCGAGUCCAGCAAGUCCACCGAGUCGCCCGCCAUUCCUCCUAACCUGGUGUUCGAGGACCUUGCCGGCUCAAGGAAAGAGGUGUCCGAGUCGCUGCUGACGCGUGGUGAGGUCCUGCACAGGAAGCCGUCCAACCCGUUCGAGCCCAUCGAGCACCCACUGUCGUCGCUCGCUUCGCUCACCCCUACCGCGCCCAUCAGCUCGGGCAAGGCCGUCCUCCUCCCUUCUGAAGUCUUUGGCAAGCCCAUUCGCCGUGACAUUCUCCACCGCAACGUUGUCUGGUACCUCUCGACCCUUCGUGCCGGUAACCAGAGCACCAAGACUCGUUCGACUGUCGCCUACUCGGGCCGCAAGCUCCUGCCUCAAAAGGGUACUGGUAGGGCGCGUGCCGGUGACGCUUCGUCGGGUACUCGUCGUGGUGGUGCGCCCAUCUUUGCGCUGCACAACCGUGACUGGGCCCAGGACCUGCCCCGCAAGGUCCGCGACCUCGGUGUGCGUACCGCUCUGUCGUCCAAGCUCUCCUCCGGUCUCCUCCGCGUCGUCCGCAACCUCAACGAGGGCAAAUGGGCCGGUACCAACGCCGCUCUGCGUGCCCUCGGCGAUGGCUACCUCGCCCUUGCCCCCAAGAAGGUCAGCCCUGUCCCUGCUGUCGAGGAGGCAACCGCAACCGUCGAGGACGGUAGCGAUGCGGCUGCCGUUCCCGAGGCCGCCGAGGAGGAGAAGGCGGAGCGUCUCUUCGUGCAGCGCUUCGGUCCCCGCGACAACCUGUCCAUUCUCUUCAUCCACGGCCCCAACAAGCCCGAGAACGAGAUUGAGGAGUUCUGGCGUACCGUCCGCAACUCGAAGAACAUCGAGGUCAUCUCCACCGAGGACGUCGUCACCUACGACAUUCUCAAGUACCGCUGGAUCGUCCUCGAGGCUGGCGCCGUUGACGCCUUCUCGACCGAGUUCAUCGAGUACGAGUUUGACGGCCCGGCCAUUGCCGAGCUCGAGGCCCAGAUGGCCGCUGCCGAGGCUGCCGAGGCCAAGCAGGCCGAGGAGAGCGGUCUCCAGGCCAACUAA